AUGUGUUAUACUAGCUUCGUACUAUGGCUUGCUAUCCAAGACAGGUUGAAAACUAAAGAAAGGUUGUAUCGGUUUAAUGUCCUCCCUGAUGCUAGAUGUCAGUUUUGUACAGUGGAAGAUGAAACAAUUGCUCACUUAUUCUUUGAAUGUCCAUUUACUAGUGAUCGUCUUCAACAGAUUAAGAGCUGGAUGCACUGGGGGAUUUCUUCUUGUCAGCUGCCUUGUAUUUUGCGGUUGAUUGGAAGAAUGAAGACAACAAAGUUCAGGAAAAUGGCUAUUUCAGCUAUUAUUGCUGCACUGGUGUAUCACUUAUGGAGAGCCAGAAACGAAAGAAUUUGGCUUUCCUCCCUUGACAAUCCAAAAAGCAUUGUACAGAAGAUUAAAGUAGCUAAUCUAAGAAGUUUGUUUUCAGACCCUCUUUGGAGGGUGCUGUUUGCUUGUAAUAGGUUAUUGGAGUAA